CAUCCAAAACAUUUCUAUCUUUUGCUUCCAAUUCCUUCAAUCUCUAUUCAAAAUGCCAUCUCAAAUACAAGAUUCACAUACAACUGUCAAAUUCAAUUGGAAGCUUACCGAAUACUCAAAGCUGGGAUGUGAUCAUGAAUCUGGUCAUUUUGCUCUGGGUAAUUUGAGAUGGAAAGUUCACAUAUACCCGAGGGGAGAUAGUAAAGCAUUAAACAGUUUAUCGCUUUUCUUGGUCCCUGUCGACAAGAAAAAAUUGCCAUAUGCAGAGUUCAGUUUUGUGGUUCAGAGUCACACCGAUAGCAAAAACAACGUCAAACGGUCAGAAAAACACCAAUUCACAAGUGGUCGUGGCAAUGGUUGGCAUGAAUUCAUGCCUCUAACCCAACUCCUUGACCGCUCUAAGGGAUAUCUUCAACAGGAUACUGUUACUAUUCAAGUUGAGGUUACUUGUAGGACGAGGGAGGCAAGAGCUUAAUAUGUAUCGGGUGUUUUUAACAAUUGCUUAAUAUGUAUUGGGUUACUUGUAUCACGGGCUAGCUAUGAUUUGUUUAGGGUUCCGAGUCAAGUACUGGUGCAGGUGGUGUUGGUAUUUAGAGUGCCUAGUGUUGUUUUUUCGGGUCUUGUUUGUGCUGUCAAAUUUCUGUGUUGUAUUUACCUUCUUUGUGGCAUUUCUUGCCUUGAAAAAUGGGGCUGUAUUUACCUUCUUAGUGGCAUUUCUCGACAUGAUAAAUGCUUGUUUCCUUUAUCGAAUCAAACAAUAAGAUCUUUGAGAUGUUAUAUUUA